AAAAAAAAAACCAAUGAAAUGAACUUUUUCUAUAAUAAAAACAAAUUUAAAAUAUGAUUUUUUCUAUUUUCUGGAAUCAUUUUCUCACCAACAAAUCUUUGGAAACCCCACCAUAAGUUUUUCCUCUAAUAUAUAAUCAAUUAUUUACAAUCUACAAUUACUUUCUUCCCUUAAUGUAUCCUUCUUUCAUUAACAUUAAGAACCAUGAAAGCCGCCGACGCAGCCGCAGCCACCACCACCUCCACGACGACACUUCUCAGCUCUCCUUAUAAACGCUCCAACAAGGCUAAAGGCGAAAGUAACGACGAUAACGUCGUGGCUAAUAAGAAAAUAGGCGUUCAUGGCACUGGCGGCGUUUAUUAUGGGAAAGUCUCGUUCACGAAAUGGACCCUAGAUGACGUUGUUUACGUGGCGAAAUAUCACCGGAUGCCCUGUGUUUUCGGGGCGGGGCUGCUGUUUUUUAUGUACGUGGAAUACACGCUCCGAAUGGUGCCAGAUUCCUCGCCCCCGUUUGAUCUGGGGUUCGUCGUCACUCAAUCCUUCCAUCGGGCGUUGGCUUCGUGGCCGGAACUUAAUACCUUAUUAGCUGCUCUUAACACGGUGUUUGUUGGAAUGCAAUCAGUUUAUAUAAUAGGGACCUGGCUAAUUGAGGGUCGACCAAGGGCGAUAAUUGCAGCUUUGUUCAUGUUUACAUGUCGUGGGAUUCUUGGUUACUCCACACAGCUCCCAUUACCUCAGGAAUUUGUAGGGUCAGGAAUGGAUUUUCCAGUAGGGAAUGUAUCAUUUUUCCUCUUCUUCUCUGGCCACGUUGCUGGAUCUGUGAUUGCAUCGUUAGACAUGAGGCGAAUGCAGAGAUGCGGAUUGGCAUGGUUAUUUGACACUCUCAAUGUCCUUCAAGCUGUGAGAUUGCUAGGCACAAGGGGUCACUACACCAUUGAUUUGGCAGUUGGUGUAGGUGCCGGAAUUUUAUUCGAUUUGCUUGCAGGCAAGUAUGUAGAGAGCAAGAGAAAAUCUGCACUCGUUUCAGGUACCACGAAAAAGAGGGUUUGUUGAGCAGGUAAAAGGAAAAAAUGCCAAUGAAUUUUUUUUUUUUUUUAAAUGGAGUUCUAAUGUUCUAGUGCUCAUUAAUUUUUUGAUAAAGGCCUCUGUUUUCUUCAAGUGCUUUCACAUUGCUUUCUGUCAUUAAGUAUUUGAAAGAACAAUGGAAUUAGGGGAAAGGACUAGUUUGAAGAAGUCAAAGAAGAAAAGAAUAAAAUUUAUCUGAGAUUUUGACUGCUUCUUAAUUAUUAGUAUCUUAUUUAGUUUAUUUAUUUGGAUAAUUCUUUGAGGAAUUUAAUAAAAUGUGUUCAAAAUCGUGGGAUUGGAAAUUUAAAUGUGAGAUUCAAACAAAUACUUGAAUAUUUGUUAAAGAGAUUAGUUUAAUAAGGUGUAGUUUAGUAUGCAGGAUGAAAGUGACUUGUCCAUUCAAAAGCUGUUUUUUAUUCAAUUUUAUCAAAUAAAAGAAAUAGA